AUGACACUUUAUUGGUACACUUGUAUUGCAGUUAGAAAUAGACUCUUGCUGACAUUUUUUAUAAUUACCAGCAGACUAUGCGAAAUUACAAGAGAUCACAGUCAAUAUAAGAGUAGCGAUAUUAUAGUAUUUCAUGGAUUAAGCCCAAAAAUAACCGAUCAAGAAUACUAUCCAUCGAUCAAGACCAAGCCCUAUCAACAAUUAUGGGUCUAUCGGACGAUGGAAAAUCCAAUCGCUACUGAUAUUGCUCCACCUGAAUCCUAUAUUAAUGCCCAAGAUUUUCAUACUAUCGAAGAUUUAGUCAAUCAUAUUCAAAAUGUAGCUAAUAAUAAUACCAAGAAUAGAAUUAGUGUGUUAUUUUUAUCGCCCCCUAAAAUAGAGCAGAUUACUUAA